GUCCUGGAGGUAUUGUAAGAACUGUACCACCUCAACAAAUGACUGUAACAUCGCAAGCUCUAACUAAAAAUCAGCAGCCUCCUCAUACUGUAGUCAGCACUGUAUUACAACAAACUGCUUCUACUUGUACAACAAGAACCACUUCUUCAGUUAGUACACCAUCCUCAUCAGGAGCAAUGUCACCAAAUACUAUAAAGAAAAAGUGUCAGAAUUUUCUUAGCACUUUGAUCAAACUUUCCGGAGAUCAAACAAAAAAGACAGCAUCAAAUGUGAAAAAAUUAAUCCAGAAUUUAAUUGAUGGAACUAUUGAACCAGAAGAAUUCUCCACCCAGUUGCAGAAAGAAUUGCGUUCUUCCCCACAGCCUUAUCUAAUACACUUUUUAAAAAAAAGUUUGCCUCAUGUUAGACAAUCUUUGAUGACGAAAGAGAUGACAAUAGAAGGCAUUCGCCCUCCACCGCUGCCUCCAUCCAUGCAAACUGCUGCUGCUGUUACUCCUGUACGGAAUGUUAAAUAUCCUUGCCAUAUUUCCAUAACUUUAAUGUGUGGUAAUAUCAGGUCUACAGUUGCUUCAUCUACUCGAGGAUUAGUUUCUACUGUUACUGGAAGUGCCUUAACAGCUCAAUUAUCACAGCCUCCUGGCAGUACUAUUCUGACCCAAAGGCUUAUUUCACCUCAAGUUCCUCAAAAUUUAGCCAAACAAAUACGGCCUGUAAGUGUUGUCACUUCUAUAGGAUCAACGGCAUCAUACUGUAGUUUAGUUGAAAGCUCUCCAGCAACAGCUGGAGCUUUGCAGUCAAAAAUUAUGAUACCCAAGCAAACAUCUCUAAUAAAACCUACCUCAAUAUCUAAAGAAAAGAAAGCUUUUGUUUCUGUCCGAGAUGAAGAUGACAUCAAUGAUGUUGCUGCAAUGGGUGGUGUAAAUUUAGUAGAAGAAAGCCAAAGAAUUCUUGCUACAAAUUCCGAACUCAUUGGAACUCAAAUCAGGUCCUGCAAGGAUGAAAAUCAUUUUUUGUCCUCUGCUUUACACCGGCGAAUUUUAGCAAUAGCAAAAAAGCAUGGGUUAGAUGAAGUUCGAAAUGAUGUCAUUGACCUUGUUUCUCAUGCUGCAGAAGAAAGAAUUAAAACUGUCAUUGAAAAAAUGAGCAUAGUAGCUGAGCACAGAUGUGAAAAUCCAAAGUCUGAUCCAAGAUAUGAGGUAACAAAUGAUACUAAAGCUCAAAUUAAGUUCCUAGAAGAAUUAGAUAAACUGGAGAAAAAACGGCAUGAUGAUCAAGAAAAGGAAAUAUUACUUAAAGCAGCAAAGAGUCGGUCUAAGCUGGAGGAUCCAGAACUUUUAAAACUGAAGCAGAAAGCUAAAGAG